ACACCCUGGCUGAAAAAAUCCCGUUCUUCUCAUUCUUGCAGGCCAAGCAUGAAGCUCGUAAAAUUCAAGAAGGGAGACAGCGUUGGCUUGAGGCUGGCUGGUGGCAACGACGUUGGCAUAUUUGUGGCUGGUGUUUUGGAGGACAGCCCCGCUGCCAAGGAAGGCUUGGAAGAAGGCGAUCAGAUUCUCAGGGUAAAUAACGUCGACUUCACCAACAUCAUUCGGGAAGAGGCGGUUCUCUUCUUGCUUGACCUACCCAAAGGAGAAGAAGUCACCAUUUUGGCACAGAAGAAGAAAGAUGUUUAUCGGCGCAUUGUGGAAUCCGACGUGGGAGAUUCUUUCUACAUCCGAACUCACUUUGAGUACGAGAAGGAGUCUCCUUACGGGCUCAGCUUCAACAAAGGGGAGGUCUUCCGCGUGGUGGACACGCUGUACAAUGGCAAACUGGGCUCCUGGCUGGCCAUCCGGAUUGGCAAGAAUCACAAGGAAGUGGAAAGAGGCAUCAUACCCAACAAAAAUAGAGCUGAACAGCUGGCCAGUGUCCAGUACACCCUUCCGAAGACCGCAGGGGGGGACCGAGCGGAUUUCUGGAGAUUCCGAGGUCUGCGCAGCUCCAAGCGGAACCUGAGAAAAAGUAGAGAAGAUCUGUCUGCCCAGCCAGUCCAGACCAAGUUUCCUGCCUACGAGAGGGUGGUCCUCCGAGAAGCUGGAUUUCUCAGGCCGGUGACCAUCUUUGGACCAAUUGCCGACGUUGCGCGAGAAAAGCUGGCUCGCGAGGAGCCCGACAUUUACCAGAUCGCCAGUAAGCGUCCCGCUGCUUCCUUGAAUCCGUUGCCGCUUUUCUCAGUCGAGCAAAAGGCUCCACUAGCUCGGAGGAGCGAUAGCAAUAGCCCUUAG